AUGAAUAUCCUCAGGAAGUUCAUGGAGUCUGGGGUGAAACAGGAGGUUAUGAUGAUACCAUCUGGUCAGUUUGAUUUGCUGCGGUCGAAGAAAUCGCCGAAGGCCUCGCUGGAGUGUAUUUACAAUGACGCCACCCUGGCGUUGAGAGAGACUGGUCAUUUUUCUUACGCCUUGGUUGUUCAGAAGAACGCUGAUGAGUUAGAAGCUUCAAAUGGAGAAGGUGGAGACGAAUUUUCGGAUGAUUCGAUGAGUGCGUUAUCUGUACAAAGCAAAAAGAAGGAGGACGAGUGGGUUUUCGAGCUCUCAGAGGAGCUGGGAUUCCACAAAAAAUGGAAUAAGCAGGGCGAUAUGGCGUUUGUGUGGAAUAAUACUUUGGGAGACGAGGAAGACGAGAGAGUACAGUUUGUGUUGGCACCUGAUGUGCCGCAUCGUGAUGUGGAUCAGUUUCUGCAGGUGGCACAGCGUUGCGAGUAUGAAACUAAGUACAAGGAGUCUGCCAGCAAUGCCACCCGCGCUGAUCUCGACAAAAUUGCGGCUAAAUCUGUUCUUUUGUCUAAUAAUUCCGACUAUCAGGAGGAGCCCGAGAUCAAGGAUGAAAAGGAUCCGCACGACGGCUUUCCGAUAAGCGACAAAUUGAAGAGAUUGGAGCUGGCUGAGUCCAGCAGUGACGAUAACUCGGAGUUUGAGGACGCCAAGGAGACACCCCAGGAUGUCAAGGCUCAAGGAAGCUUUGAUCCUAACAGAUUUAUUGAGGUUAAGAGCGCUCCCAAGGGUAAGCAUUUGUGUACUUUAGCGUGCGAGAUAUUUGUGUUCGAUCCAAUUCAAGGAAUAUUCGUUUGGCAGCAGGAUGCAGUCGGUUUGACGAUUGUGGAAACUGGCGAUUAUGAGUACUGGUUGGCCCUGGAGGGAAAAUCUUUGAAAAUGGGAACGGAUCUGUCACCAAAUAUUAAUCCUACCUUUGAUCUUCAGAAAAACUCGUUUAUUUUCAACUACACGUUCAAUGGCAUCACGCUCUCCUACAUGUUGAAAUUUGCCAACUCGGAGGACGUUCUAUCAUUUAAGUCAAUACUUUCUAAAUGCCUAUGGUUAACUCUCAAUAAAAAACCUUGGGAAGAUUUGCCAGACAAUGAGAAAGUGUACGUCACCAAUACUGCCGCUACUGUAGACGAAGAACUUGACGAGAUACUCAAGGAAGAUUCAAAUGAAAGCAGUUCGGAGAAUGAAUUAUCUGAAAGCGACGAGGAAGAUAAUCUGGAGCACUCAAGCAGAAUUCUUUCUUCUGAAAGUUUCGGAGAAUCUGCGGGACUCGGCCGCCCAAAGUCUGAAGGAAACAGAUCAUUGACCGUGGCCUUCAAGAAUGACAGAUCUUAUGUGGUUCGUGGCAAUAAAAUAGGAGUUUUCAAAGUUGACUCAGAGGGUCUGGAUUUUGUUGCCGCUAUUCAAGAUGUGUCUGAUCUAGCCGGUAACAGAAUUGACCCUACGAAUCCAAUGCUGUAUAUGGAGGACAAGGCGCUAGUGCUAAGGGAUGGUAAGGAUAGCGAAAAAAUAUACAAAAUGGAUCUGGAAAGAGGGAAAAUAGUUGAAGAAUGGGAGACUGGUGGAAAGAAUAUGAUUCAGGUAGGACCGGCGAAGAAGUUUGAUCAAAUGACACCGGAACAAACCCUAUUAGGUGUUUCGAAGAAAGGCUUGUUUAAACUGGAUCCAAGACUGAACAAGAAAGACAAGGUUGUGCAAGAGCAGUCAAAGGAAUACGCAUCCAAUUAUAAGUUUAGCACGUUAGGUACAACUGAGAAUGGAUAUAUCGCUGUAGGCUCUGAGAACGGUGACGUUAGACUUUACGAUAGAUUGGGCAUAAGGGCCAAGACAGCAAUUCCAUCACUUGGUCAACCAAUUAGGCACAUAACGACUUCGUCGGACGGCCGCUGGCUGCUCUGUACGUGUGAUACUUCAUUAUUGUUAAUGAAUUUGACAGUUCAAACAGGGAAAAAUGCAGGAAGCAUUGGCUUCUUGAAGCCAUUUCCGGCAAGCGAAAACGCCAAAACGUAUAUUUUGAACAUAAGCCCGGAGCAUGCCAGCUAUAUCGUUACGUCUACAAGAAAGCCCAUCAAGUUCACAAAGGCUUAUUUCAAUACUGGUGUAGGGAAGGAAGAGCAAACGAUCGUGACAUCCACUGGUCAAUUUGCAGUUUCAUGGUCGUUAAAGAAAAUAAUAAAAGGUGACAAUAAAUCGUACGUCAUGAAAAGGUAUGAAGCCGAUGUGAUUGAAGACAAUUUCGAAUUCGGAACUGAUCGGAAAGUCAUCGUCGCCUUGAAAGAUGAUGUGUCCGUCUCGAAGAUCAAAUCUUUCAAGACGCCAGAUAAGCAGGUAAUGGCUCCCAAUCUGAGCCUAUUUUACAGCAGUGACGACGACGACGAUAACAGGCAAAGAUAA